AUGGCGCCCAAAAGAAGAAUCAUCAUCGAUACCGAUCCAGGCGGCGACGACACCCUCGCCCUCCUCCUAGCCCUCUCCUCCUCCCCCGAGGAUCUAGAAAUCGUCCUGAUCAGCGUGACAUACGGCAACGUGACGCUCGCGAGCUGCGGGCGCAACGUGAUGGGUCUUUUCAAGGUCCUCGACGCCGAGCUGAGCUGGCGCAGGGCAAGCGGUAGACCCCUCGGCUUCGAGGGUCUGCGGGCGUACAGGCCCAUUGUUGCCCUGGGGCCUGAACAUGCCCUCGAGGAUGAGAUUUUGGUGGUUGAUAAUUUUCAUGGUUCGGAUGGAUUGCAUGGUGUUCAUGAAGCUCAUCCUCACCUAUCUCCUGAAGAGACUUGGAAUGCCAUAUUCAAACAUGAUGGCGAAAGCGUCACAGACCCUCCUUCUUAUCACCAGUACUUUACACCCUCCAAGACGCCAGCGCACAAAGAGAUUCUAAGAAUCUUGAAAGAGGAGCCGGCGGACACAAUCUCUAUAUGUGCCGUGGGACCACUGACAAACCUGGCGCUGGCUGCGUCCGAGGACCCGGAGACCUUCCUCAGAGUCAAAGAGAUUGCCAUCAUGGGAGGAGCAGUCGAUGUCCCGGGGAACGUCACACCCGUAGCUGAAUUCAACACAUUUGCGGAUGCUGUUGCCACCGCGCGGGUGUUUGCCUUGACAUCUCCCACCCCUGCCUCGACUAUGCCCCCGAUACCUGCCGGUAAGUCUACCCUACCGCCGUACCCGGAGAAAUUGUCAAGGCAGCUCAAGAUAAGCCUGUUCCCUCUCGACAUUACGACACCCCAUCUUCUGAACAUGGGAUAUUUCGAGAAUACGAUUCAAGCACAAUUAUCGGCGGGGAGUCCAUUGGGGACGUGGGUGAACACGUUCAUGUCCGGCGUCUUCAAGCAGAUCGUCACCAUGGUGGGAGACGCCGAGGAACCCGGGCUGUCGCUGCACGAUCCAUUGACCAUCUGGUACAUGCUCACGGGUUCGAGCCCGGAAUGGAAGUUCGCAGCUGGUGCGCCGGAGGAUAUCCGCGUCGAGACGACAGGGCAGUGGACCCACGGCAUGCACGUAGUGGACCGUCGAGGACGAGUGCGUGCCGACGGGGUAGCCAGGGAAGAGAUUCCCGGUGACGACCACGGCUGGCUCAGCUCCAAGAGGGGAAAUAGGAUUGAUAGAUUGGUCAGCAGUCCUGGUUACGAUGCAUUCGCGCCAUACCUAAUGGCGCGUUUGUUCGAGUAG